AUGAUGAAGUCUAGAACUUGCCGGUGCUUUCCAGAGGCCUCUGUUUUCGUCCUCUUCUUUUUUUACCCCCUAACUUGCCGGUGCUUUCCAGAGGCCUCUGUUCAUGUUGGAAUGAUUCAGGUGGGUUUGAAACCUACUAAACUAGGUUCAAACACCUCUGCAAUAAUAUGUCUUCGCGACAAGAGAAUUCCAAAAUAUCUCGACUCUAUAUGUGGAAGGGUUGAAUCAAGUUUAUGCGAUGGUCCCAUUUAUUUCUCCUACUACCCUAACCACUGUGUUCAUCUGUCUGACUCGUGCAAAUCUUUCACCAUUGAUGUUAAAAUCAAAGGAUCUGAGGUGGGUAUAAGCGCAACGCUUAUGUAUAUGUUCCACUACAGAGUGGUGAAAAGGCCAUAUCUAAUGAAUUUUUAUCCCGUUGAUGAGAGGGGUCAAACCACUUUGCACCUUACUGAUAUUGCUCAAAGCAAUCGCGUGGUGUUGAAAACGAUAACUUGGGACCCAGCCAGAAAAGGCGAGGGAUCGACGGUUGAAGACGAGGAGGCGGGCGGCGCCGACGUGGACUGGAAGGAGACGGCGGAGGGGCAUGUGGUGAAGGUGGAUGUUCCCGGUUUCAAGAAAGAGGAAGUUAGGGUUGCGGUUGAAGAGGGUGGAAUUGUACAGAUCAGUGGAGAGAGAAGCAAUGAGGAGGAGGGUGACAAGUUGCACUGCAAGGAGAGGGGCAAGGGCAAGUUCCUCCGCCGCUUGAGGCUGCCGGAGAAUGCCAAUUUGGAAGGAUUGGAGGCGAGAUUGGAGAAUGGGUUGCUGACAGUAACUGUGCCUAAGAAGAAGAAGAAGAAGAAGCCGGAAGUGAAGAUCGUGGAUAUCUCCGGUUAAGCAAAUCACUGUCGGAGAAUCGCCUUUUUUUUAUUAUAAAUUAACGGUAUUAAAUAAAGAAAUUUAAAGAUCAUGCA